AUGAUCCGUGGAUUCCGCCCUGCCGCUGCUGCUGCCCGCCGUUUCGUGUCCACCGCAAACUCCCAGACAAAAUUCACCACGUUGCUGUCUGGCGUCACUGUGGCCACCGAGACAAACCCCAACGCUUCGUCUUCAACCGUGGGUGUCUACUUUGGCGCCGGCUCCAGAGCUGAAACGCCCUACAACAACGGUGUGGGUGCUUUGACCACGAGAACGUUGGCUCACGGCUACAAAGAUGGCGUGCUUUUCUCUGCUGUCAACACGAAGGAGGCCAAUGCCUUUGUGGCCCACGCUACCAACGAGAACGUUGCUGGUGCUGCCUCUGCUUUGCUGCAGCUUGUCGCCAACAGAGAGGACUUGAUCGAGAAGAGCAACUUCGACGCCUCCAAACAGGCCUUGUACGCUGACAUUGACCGUUUGGAGAACACCCCAUCCGAGACGGUGUUGGAGCACUUAAACGCUUCUGCUUUCCAGGGCCACUCCCUUGGCUUGCCUACCUUGGGUACUCACGACUCUGUUCCAGACAUUGAGAAGUCCGACUCGAUCAGAUUCUUGGACAGAAACUUGGUGGGCUCCAACACCGUCAUUGCUGCCUCGGGUAACUUUGACCACGAUGCUCUUGUGGAGGUUUUCGACAAGGAGUUCAAGCUUGCUGACGGGCCAAAGCCUGUUGUUCCCCCAGCUUCUUUCUUGGGUUCUGAGGUGAGAAUGAGAGACGACACCAUUCCAAAGGCCUACAUCUCCAUUGCUGCCCAAGGCGAAGGUCUCUCGUCUCCAGCUUACUACGUGGCCAAGGUUGCUGCUGCUGUGUUUGGCUCUUUCGACCACAACUCCGCCAUUGCCAAGUUCACCUCCCCUAAAUUGGCCUCCAUCGUCCAGGAAUACCACAUUGUCGACAAAUACACUCACUUCUCGAAAUCAUACUCCGACACUGGUUUGUGGGGUUUCAACGCCGAGAUCUCCAACCUCGGCGGUAUUGACGACUUCGUCCACUUCACCUUGAAGGAGUGGAACAGAUUGUCUGUUUCCAUCACUGACGCUGAGGUCGCCAGAGCCAAGGCCCAGGUCAAGACUGAGAUCUUGGCUAACCUCAACUCUACACAGGCUGUUGUUCACGACAUCGCCACCACUGUGUUGUUGAACGGCUACAGAGCUUCGAUUUCUCAGGCUUUGGACGCUAUCGACGCUAUCCUGACCAAAGACGUCAGAGCAUGGGCUAGCGCUGCCUUGUGGGACAAGGACAUCGUCAUUGCCGGCACUGGCUCCAUCGAGGGCUUGUUGGACUACAACAGAUCUAGAAACGAUAUGGCUAUGAUGAGAUUCUAA